AUGUACUGGUCGCUUUUCAUGGUCGGCGCGGCCAUUUUGGUCUUUUUCGUCCUUUUGGUUUCAACCUGCGUUCCUUAUUCUUUCCUUCGCUCUUAUUCGGCGUGAGUUUUGUUUUUGAACGAGAGAGACUAAAAUUUGGGAUGCGAAAUUACUAGAAAUGCUUUUUUUUUUACGUUCAAUCACUAAUUAUCAAAUCUGAAACGAGGGAAAACAAAGAUAAUUUUGUAAUAUAUAACCACAAGGAUAUUUUUGUAGGAAAAAUCCCUUUUGAUUCUUCAAAAUAAACGAGAAAAGCUGGCAGAAAUGUCACAGGGUAUAAAAUUUCAUAAGAAAAAAGUUUUUAGAAGAUCUGCCUGGCGCUUUUUUUGACUCUUUAACGAAAAAGGUACAUUCGAAAAAUACAAAUUGAUGUUAAAAAGAAAAAAAAAUCAUAGUAAACUUCAAAAAAAGAAGGUAACAAAAGCCGAAAUAAGGGUUUUUUGGAAAGGUGAAAAUAAGGCGCUUACUAGUAAAAAGAUUUUUUUGCAUCUUUUCAGAAGCUCAAAAAGAAGUUUUUUUGUUCUUAUUAUAAGAAAAAUUUGGUUUGGAAUUUCCAAUUUCCCUAAAGAGCAGAAAUUUGUAAAUUUGACAUACGAGAUUUUCAAAGCGGAGAAAAAUAUUUUCGGUUCUUCCAAUAUGGGAAUUCAUUCUAGUGUUAUAAUCCAUUUUCGAGCUCCAAUGUUCUAGAAACGCCAACUCCUACACGAUAUCCUUGUUGGGAUGCGCCUCCUGUGGCGUUUUCAUUGCCACCUGUUUCCUCGGUCUUGUGCCUCACGUUCGUCAUCAGGAAAUGCAGCUUAGGUCUUUUUUUCCGAGAUUUUAGAGAAAAAAGACUUUUUCCAGGAACAAUCAAACAAUUUCAACCGAUUCUUUCUAUGUUCCGAGCACCGAUGAACUGAUCGUCAUUGGCUUUUUGAUGAUUCUGAUCAUUGAACAGGUUUUUUCACAAUAAUUGUGGAAGUUACUCGAUUUUCAGAUCAUAACCGGCUUUGGAACGACUUUGGAAAGCCGAGGACAUAGCCAUUCUUCGCAAACCAUCAAAAUGCGGAAGCUUGUAGAUGUAGGAGAAAAUUUUCGGUUUCCUGAAAUAAUUGGGGACUUUUGAGGAGGAAGACGGCGAAGAUGCGCGGCCUCUGGUCGAAAUGGAAGGAGAAGACCAUGACAACGAUAAUGUCGACAUUAUCUUUCGUCAGGUUUCCAAUCUUGCUUCACUGUUUCAAAGAGUUAACUUUCAAGUAUUUAAGUUUGAUUCGAAUUUUUUAUGUCGUUAGAAAUAGUUUCGGAAAACUAGGGAUAACUUUCUUCUAAUGGUCUUUUCAAAAAAAUUAUCUGACUAGAAAAUUUUUUUUUUACUAAAAGUUCAACCGGGGGUUAAAAAGUUUCCUAGUGAACCAUAUCUUUUUCCGAUGUCUGAAAAAAACUCGAUCGAAUGUUUUUUUAAAUCAAAGCAACUCAUGCGAAAAAAAUCUCUUUCAUUUUUUUCUUGGUUCCGCUCAAAUAGGAACUCUCAGAAAGAAUAAAACGCAAAAAUAAUAUUUAAAAAAAAUUUUCACCCGAUAAAUCUGCGUUUAAAUAUUAUUCAACGUUCGUUUGAAGGAAAUCAGAUUAGGGAUGAGCCGAAAAAGAUCGGUUACUUAUUGAAACAAAAGUUGGUUCAGAACGGCUCCCUCCCCUCGCCCGGCGACGAUUCCCCUUCGAAAGGUGGUGGAUCAAGUCUCCGCGUUUGGUUUUUGCUUCUAGGAAUGUCAGUUCACUCGUUUUUCGAAGGAAUCGCCUUAGGCGUUCAGGUGACUUUUUGCGGAUGAAAAAUGUGUAAAUUCGUUUUCAGAAAGAGUCAAACUCUUUUACGCAGAUCUUGUUUGCUAUCUUGUUCCAUGAGGUGGGGAUUUUUUUUUACUAUUUUUGUUAAUGAGUUCAGUUCAUUGAUUGAUCAAAAGUUAUUUAUCAACAAAUUUUUUCGAGAAAACUGGCGCUGAAUGGUUCUCUUACUAGUUAGAGAAAAAAGCUUCAGAAACUAUAAUGGGAAAAGUAAACUUUCAAAAAUUAUAAAUAUGAGGGGAGAUAUAUAAAAUAUCGUCAGAAAAUGUACGAAAACAAUUUUCUGCUCACGAUUUUCUCGUAUGGAGCUUAAUCUUUCCGAAACUCCAUGAACCUGCAUUUUUUUUCCGAACUAGAAAUCCACCAGAUCGUUACAAAUAACAGUCAUCCCAACUCCAGAAAGUUUCAGAAAGAUUAUACGUCGUAGAGGAAAGUUAUAACCGAAAAAACCUGUUUUCGUAUGUUUUCUGGUAACGAAGCUGUAUAUAUUUCUUCGUGAAGUAUUAUAAAUUUCAUAUUAUUCCUUGUUUUCCAGAUCCUUUGUUGCAUUUCGUACGGAGUGCAGUUGGCCAAGCAAAACGCGACAAAACUCUACGCCUGGACGUCGACUUUAUUCCUUUGCUCCACUAUUCCCGUCGGAAUGCUCCUGGCCGUUUUGGUGACUUUUCCUUUUUUCUUUUGAAAAUUGAGUUUGAAUGUUUCUGAGAAAAAGAGGUUAUAAACCAAUAAAGAGUUGAUAAAAGAUGAAUUAUCGGUGGUUGAAAAGACAUUUUUGUGAAAAUUCCAGUUGAAUCGAGGCUUUCUUUUCGCUUGAGUUGACUCAGAGCUUAUGCAAGCCUUUUAAUAAUAAUAAGGUAGUUCUGAAUGUUCAUUAAUAUUUUCAAAACUAGGCUUACAAAUUUUGCUGGAUGAGAUUUUUUGCAACCGUAGUAUACAAUAAAAUCUUGCAGAGGUUUUCAAAAAUCAUAAAAAUUGGGAGGGACGAAGUGUAGUUCCGGGGGUUAUUUGAGUCAUUAUAGGGUUCUGGGCUUUUUAAAACUGCCUUAAAGCGUUUCUCAAGUUACUAUAGGAGAUUUCGAACUGACGAUCACGAUAUAAUUAAAAACUUUUUCAUUUGUUUUUAAACGGAUUAUUUGAUCACCGAACUUGGUUUUUUUUUAUUUUUGCGUUGGACAUAAGAGUAAAUUCCACAGUUUUUCCAUUCUUCAAUCAAGGAGUGUCCAGGUCGACGGGCUGUCUGAAGAGAAAUGGCAGAGGAUGGCGAGAUACUGGCUCGAGGGCCUGGCCGCGGGAACUUUCGUCCACGUGGCCCUCGUCGAACUGUUGCCCAUGGAGCUGCAUUCGGAAGACGGCCACGGUCACAGCCAUGUUCGUUCUUCCGCUAAGAAUAAUUGCUGAUAUAAAGCGACGUCGCUGGCGAUACAUUGACGACCUCGCUAAAGUGCUGCUUUCGUUGGCGCGAUAUCGCACUUCUCUAUUUGGAAACUUACAAAUUUUUUCCGUGCUUGUGAAAAGUCGGUGGAAUGCGAGACGCGCGUGUGGAUAGAGCGAUAUGUUUGCGAGAUCGCCAAUGAAUCGCAUGUUAAGAUUCAUCUCAAGGCUUCAUAUACAUAACCAAUAAACUUACUACCUUUCCAAUUUUUUUGGAAUAAUUUUAAGUUUUUUUGGGGCGAGCAUUCGAUAGUACUAAAAAAAACCAUUAAAAAAGCUCAAAACUUCAAAGCUAGAGAGCGUGAGACUCUCUAGAGACGCAGAGAAAUAAUGUCAAACAUCAUAAUCCGAGUUUAAUGGCCGUUCAAGUUUUGAACAUGAGAAUGGGAACUGGGGUCAGGUUUUUCUUCAAUCUGAAAAGUAGGGACCAAUAUUUUUGGCUGGAAAGCAUCAAUAAGGGUACCAAGCGACAAAAUUCUUUACAUCAUUGAAACAAUUUUUUUCGUAACUCUGGGGAAGUACAUAUAUAUUUAUGUAUUUAAUCGACCUCUGGUUUGAGAAUGCAGGUGAAGAAGAUCUCCACACGGUUAACGGAAUAGAAUGAAAAAAAAGGAGGUUCUAAAUUAAAAGUAGCAUUGAGUUUUUGAAGAAUAAGCUAUAAGAACCAAAAGUUCCAUUUUUUCAAAGAAUUUCUCUUUAUUUCGAAAAAUGGUAAAGCGAAUAAACGGAGAAAAAAAAAAUUAAAUUCCAGAGCAUUUUGCCAGAAGACGACCAUCACAACGGCCAUUCUCACUCGAAGGGAUCCCAGUGGAGAAAUCUUUGGAAAUCGGUUUUUGUCGCCCUCGGAAUCGGGGUCUUUGUAGUCAUCAAGAACAUCUUACCAAGUCAUUAAUAUUUUCAAUUCGAUUCCAAGCAUAAUUCUAUUUUCUUGUCUGAUCUCUGUGGUGUCGGGUCCCAUGCAUAACAUUUUAUUCGUGAAUUUCUUGAGAUUUUUAAUAUUUUCAUUCCAAAAAAAGUUUUUUUAACUCUUCAUGAUAAGAAUAAUUGUAAUUUUAAGUAUUAAAAUAUGUGUCAAAGACUUUCAACUCCCGUUGCUGUAUUUAGUUGUUCGUGAUUUUCUAAAAAUAAAUUAAUACAAUUUUUUUAUAAUUUUCAAGGUUCCUUUCUACGUGAUAGAUUGAUUCGCUAGCUUUUUUUUAAUUUAUUGUUGCCUUGACGGCGUUUUAGAAUCCUGAAAAGCACAUGAAAUCACUCUAGGUUAUGAAGUAUCUCUAAAAAAAGUUGAAGAAGAUGUCGGUAAUUUUUUCGAAUGAGAAGUUUGCGGUUCUGGACGAGGCGCUUUACUUGGAGAAAAUCUACAAAGAACUGAAGUGAGAAAAAGUCUCAAAAGUCUUUUCAAGUUGAGAUUUUUUCUUUAGCUUCAUUCCGAACCCCAGUCUUUUCGAUAUUAAUGGAAAGUUUAUGAUGCAAAGCGAAUUCGAGGCGGCGAUGAAAAAUGACGGAAAAAGUAGGAAAAGAAAGCGAAAAGCUGUCGACAUGAGCGAGGUUUGUCAAAACAAUUCAAAAAAAACGACAGGAGGAUUUUUUUAAAAAAUUGACAAAAACAGUCACGGCAAAAAUUAGAUUUCUUGCGCUCCUGGAAGGUGUUCGAGGUAAGAACCGUUUCAAAAAUAGGAAUAUGGGAUUUGCGACAAGUCAAAGCGCAUAUUUUAAAAAUUAUUUUCAUUAUUAUUUGAAUUUAAGGAUUGUCAGAAAAUAGCAGAAAUCGCCGAGGAAAUCAAAAAAACUUGAGUUUUUUUCCAAGAGAAAGUAGAAAAGGACAACAAUAAAAGAGCAAGGGAAGCAGCUGAAAGGUACAAAAAAAAAACAACUUUUUAAUCGCGGAAAUUGAUUUUCAGAGUGACAAACAGUGGGAAGAAGCUAAAUCUAGGAAAAUGUAUAUCUUCAAGUCAAAUCGUUCCUUUGAGGUUUGAACUGAAUUUUUGAUGAUGAAAUUUAUUUUCAAAAAAAAAACUGAAAAGGUAUUCGAAAUAGAACAAAAAAAAAUCAGAAAAUGAUUCCAAUUUCUCAUUAUGAAAAUUCGUAUAUGAACAGAAUUCCAUGUCAAAAAGAAAAUUUGAAAAAAUUUUCUCUGUAUUUUCCAGCGAGGCUUUGAACGGAGUCAUCAGUUCUUGGGUGGAAAAUCAAGGCGAGGCUACUUUCUUGAACAAAAUCCUGGACGGAGAAGGUAAAAAUAGCCUUCUUUCCUUGAUGAUUAUUUUUGAAUAUUUGAGAAUUUUCUUUUCUCGUUCCUUCCUGCUCAACUUUUCACAUCGGUGAUGUCACCGACGUUAUAGAGUACUGUGAUUUGAACGGUUUUCAUGAAUUUUCAUUCCAAAAUUUAUUUGUGUCAUUAAGAUAAGGAGUUUGACUUGAUAAUAAUGGACCCGCCAUGGGAAAAUCGGUCAGUCAAGCGAAAGAAAAGGUAGAUUUGCAUUGACUUGGUCGCGUUUGGAAUGACUCUACGCGUAGCGGCUGUGAAGCGGUUUUUCGGAAUUUGCAUCCGACCAGCAAGCUGCACCCAAAAAACGGACUACGUCGCAGCGGGCCGCAAGCGAUAUAGCCAAGAAUUAUUGCUGCGACAUCGUCAAAGUCUUGCAUCCAUAUCUCUUCCUCUCAUGAAUUUUUGAUUUAAAAAACAAUUGUUUAUGGUGAAAUGAAUAAAAUUUGAGAAACGAAUAGAUUUUAAAGAAAUCGUUUAGGGUGCGAUAUAGCGAAGGCUGGCAGCGAGAAGAGAGCGAUAUCGCUUGCAGCCGCGAUAUAGCGUUACUUUCGCUGCGAUAUAGUCCAUCAUAUUGGGUGAUGAAAAUCAGUCAGCAAGCUCAAAAUUCCAAGUCAAAACCGCAGCGCGUCAAGCCAUUCUGAUGCGAGCAGAAUUAUCCAAGUUGUGUGGAAUUAAAUAUAAUAAUUGAGUUAUUCGAUGGACGAAGCUGUGUUGGAACAGUUGGAAAUCGGCCAAUUAUUGUCCCCUGGUGGGAUUCUCGUUGUUUGGGCGACUAAUAAGACUGGUCAGAUUAUUUUUGCUUGCAAAAUAAGGCCUUUUUUUUAGGGAUUCGAGAACAGUUGGAUGAACUUCUGGAAAAAUGGGAAAUGAAGGUCCAUAGAGAGUGGAAAUGGCUCAAGGUUCGUUUUUGAGAGAAAACGCAAUAUCAAAUUUUCCUGUUUCAAAGAUAGUCUUUGAAUGGAAAUUUCACAUCUGGGUUUAGUGAGCCUGGGUUCCCUUCCCUAUGUUUAAUUUAGUUUAUUUUUGAAUAACUAUUCCAAUUUUUUUGAAAAAAAUCGGCAGAACAUUUUUUUGCAUUUUUCCAAACACUCUGAAAAACUAAUGUUAAAGAAAAAUUAUGAUAUUUUGGUUAGUUUUAUCCAUAAAUUGUGCUAUCUGUGAACUUGAGAGGAAUAAUUAUCGUUUUUUUUUAUUAGGCCCUCAAAUUACCCCAAAAACGUCCCUUAAUUUUCAUUUAUUUUUUUGCAAAUAAGGCUUUUUUAGUAUCUUUUAAAGUUCCCCUCUACUUGCACCUCUUAAAAAUGCUUGGAAGAGCGGAAAGUUCAUUUCUGCCUGGAUUCCAACUUCAACUUAGGUAACCAAGGAAGGAGAUCCGGUCUGUGAGAUGCGAGAGCAACACAAGCUUCCCUUCGAAAGUCUAUUCAUCGCGGUCCGCAAAGACGACGAUUUUUCUCCGGAAUUGACGGCGUUACCAGAGUUUUUCGUCUUCUCGAGGUCUUCCCUUGUUUUUCUUCCACUGAAAUUUCUGAUUUAUGCAGUGUUCCGAUGGCCGUCCACUCCCACAAGCCUCCGCUUCCAGAACUUCUCGCUCACUUCGACAUUCGACCGAAAAAGUAGGAACAUCCCCGAAAAAGUUAUCACCGAAAUGGUUAUGUGGUCGCUCUUGGAAAAGCUCUGAGUUUUGCAAUCGAUUCGGUUUUCGUUUUGUAGCUUUAAUGUUUCGUGAUACCACUGAGCGUAAGUAGUUUUCGGUCGGAUGCCUCUCGAAAAGUCCGCUUUGCAGCCGUAACGCUUUAAGUCUAGUCAUUUUACACGCGAUCAUAAAAUUAUGAGUCAAAAGGAAGUUAUUCUCAAGGAAUAUCACUACCAAAAGUGAUCUGAACUACUGAGAUUUUAUUCGAAAAUUCGGAAAAAGCACUCUUUUUCGAAGUACACAAAAAAGUAGAUUCAGGACGCUGAAAUAAUUUUGAAAGACUUUUUUUAAUCUCCUUGACUUUAAAACUAGUCUUCAUUUUCUCAAAAUGGGUCCUGAAAGUAUUUAUUAGAAAAAGUAGAGAAAUUGGUUGAUUACGGCCCUUCCCAAGUGGAGAAAGUUCAAUAGGAAAGACUUGUUUCCAGCACUUUGGAGCUUUUCGCGCGGUCUCUGAUGCCGUCGACGACGAGCGUCGGCUUCGAGCCUCUGCUCCUGCAAUCUCAGCACGUCUUCCGCCCCAAGAAGCAGAGAUAA